CAAAAGUGGAGAAAUGCUUUAAUCCAAUCUACAAGUCUCUCUGGAUGGCAUUCCAAUGCUACCAGACCUGAAUUCAAACUUGUUGAAGAGAUUGUUAGAGACACUUUGAGCAAGUUAAGAGAAAUGGGCCUUGAAAUUUCUAGCCAACAAUUAUACUCUAGACGUAAAACUGCUAUUCGACUAUGGAGGCACGAGGACAUUUAUGAUUUUUUCAUUUCUGACAAGGGGACCGAGGCAAUUCGAUGCAUGUCAUUGGAUGCAAGCAAGAUAAAAAGGAUUACAUUGAGGGCUAAUAAUUUUCGAAAGAUGCAUAAUUUGAUAUUCCUUAAAGUUUACAAGUCUGAUCAUAGAAAGCCUUCAAAGUUGAAUAUUUGUGAAGAUAUGGAUUAUCUUCCAGAAGAAUUACGUUUUGUUAGUUGGGAAGAAUAUCCAUUGCCAUAUGUCCCAUUGCAUUUCUGUGCUGAGAAUCUUCUGACACUUGAGAUGCGUAAUAGUAAUAUCCGACAACUUUGGGGUGAAAAUCAGCAUUUUCCAAAUCUGAAGCAAAUCAAUCUGUCCGAUUCAAAAAAUCUCAGUGCACUCCCAGAUCUGUCUCAGGCCCCUAAGAUUGAAGUCAUGGAUCUUGAGGGUUGUGUGAAUUUACGUCUAAUCCAUUCUUCAACUGCCCUGGAAAAGAAUGUCCGAUUAGGCAUAGAUGAUAGUGGGCCAGUGCAGAUAAACUUUGGGGGCAGUAUUAAAGGAACAAGUUCAGGGUUAGUGAUUGUGUACAAUUAUUUGGAUCUUCCUAGUUUGUCAUUCCAUAAAGUGACAAUGAAGCUGUUCGUAUGUGGCAAGAUCAUCUCUGGUGUUCGAUACAAACAUGUGGUAAUGCCAUUGGCAGAGAUAGCAGAAUUGAGGAUGGGGAUACGAAGUGUGGCGUCUUUACUUCCAUUUGUGAGGAAACUUGAAUGGUUAGAGAGUCCAAUUGAGUAUGGGGAUGAUUUCAAGCAACACCAUGCAUACGAUGUUGCUUAUUCUUCCCGUUAUAAUCUUUUCGCCCCUGACUUUUCGCUUUAUUUGAAGCUGAGAGGUGACAGAGGAGAAAGGGGUGUGAUGAUGGGGCCAUUAAGAAGAAAAAUGAUUACUGAUAACGGCUAUAUAGUGAUCGCGACGACAUUAAUGGAAGAUGAAGAAGAGGAUGAUGAUGGUAAUGAGUUAAUGGAAUAUGGUUGUCACAUCAGUGCUAUAAGGGUUCCCAACAACAUCACUCGCUGGUCAUUAUUGACGAGACUGACAUUAAAAGAGAGUGAUAUUAUUAUUGGAAAUAAUAAUGCAGAUUGCAGCAUUCCUCAGCUUUCAAUCCUCAAAUCACUAAUUGCACUCUCUCAUGAUUCUUGCAGAAGGACGAUUCAGCCUCAUUUAGAUGUAAAGCUCUCUUUACGUGAUGAUCAUUCUUUCUUUGUCUUAUAUAAUUGCUGGGAGAUGACGCCACAACAUCCCUAUACAUAUCCUUAUAAUCACUGGUUCAGCUGUCGAUCUAAUAAUUUCAGGUCAAACCACAAUUCUGAUUAUUGUGACUUAAUCGUUGACUUUGGAGAGUGGUGGUGAUUUUUUAAUUAUUA